AUGGGCCCCGCCGCGCGUCCCGCGCUCAGGUCGGCGCCGCCGCCGCCCCCGCCGCCCCCGCCGUCGCCGCUGCUGCUGCUGCUGCCGCUGCUGCCGCUGUGGCUGGGCCUGGCGGGGCCCGGGGCCGCGGCGGACGGCAGUGAGCCCGCGGCGAGGCGGGCGGCGGCUCGGGCCGUGCGGGUGGACGUGAGGCUGCCGCUGCAGGACGCGCUGGUCCUGGAGGGCGUCACGCUCGGCCCCGAAGCCGACCCGGCAGCCCAGCUCGGGGGCCGCCUGCUGCUGAUGGACACCGUGGAGGCUGAGCAGAACGUGCCGGCGGAGGACUGGAUUGCCGUGGCCUACGUGGGCAAGGAGCAGGCGGCCCAGUUCCACCAGGAGAAUCAAGGCAGCAGUGACCCGCGGGCCUACCCCAAGGCCCUGAUCCAGCAGAUGCAACGGGCCCUCUUUCUGGGAGCUUCUGCGCUGCUACUCCUCAUCCUAAACCACAAUGUGGUGCGAGAGCUAGACAUGUCCCAGCUCCUGCUCAGGCCGGUCAUCGUGCUGCAUUACUCAUCCAAUGUCACCAAGCUACUGGAAGCUCUGCUACAGAGGGUCCAGGCCACAGCUGAAAUCACCAGCGGAGAGUCCCUGUCGGCCAACCUCGAGUGGACGCUGACCCUGUGGACCACCUGUGGCCUGUCCAAGGAUGGCUAUGGAGGAUGGCAGGACCUGGUGUGUCUAGGAGGCAGCCGUGCCCAGGAGCAGAAGCCCCUGCAGCAGCUGUGGAAUGCCAUCCUGAUGGUGGCCAUGCUCCUUUGCACUGGCCUUGUGGUGCAGGCCCAGAGGCAGGCUUCGCGGCAGAGCCAGCCAGAGCCCGGAGGCCAGGUGGACCUGUUCCAGCGGCGCGUGGUGCGGAGGCUGGCAUCCCUCAAGACGCGGCGCUGCCGUCUGGGUAGGGCAGCGCAGGGCCUACCAGGGCCGGGCCCCGACACCUGCGCUGUGUGCCUGGACUACUUCUGCAACAAGCAGUGGCUGAGGGUGUUGCCUUGCAAGCAUGAAUUCCACCGGGACUGUGUGGACCCCUGGCUGUUGCUCCAGCAGACCUGUCCGCUGUGCAAGUUCAAUGUCCUGGGAAACCACUACCCAGAUGAUUAGUUGUCCCGGGCAGGGACUCUGCACGUGGGGGUGGAACCCCUUCACCUACACAUCCCGGCCUUCAGCCCGGGGCUCCUAGAACAAGAUGGCAGAUGGAUGGGACAGCAAGCCCUGUGUGGAUGGCUGGAAAGGAUAGGGUGUUGUUCUGCUGCAGGGCCAGGUGGCCCACCCGCGUGCACACUGGGAAGGAAGAACCCACAGUCCCAGGCUGAGGACACGGAGCCAGGACCUGCCUGCCGGGCAAGGUGGGGAGGUUGCCUUGGGACCCUUCUCUGCACCCCUGAGAUGUGCACCUGUGUCUGCCCCUCUCACAGGCAGCUUCCAGGAAGCUGUGGGGGCCAGUGCUGCUAUUGUAGGGGGUGGGGGGCUCUGGGAGCUCCCUGUGGCCGGGGGGCUUAUUUAUUGGGGGAGGGGGAGAUGGGUGGGAGUAAAGUUGGAGGGCAGCGCUGUCUGGACUGUCUUCCAGCAUGCAUCUCGGUCAAGCCUGUGAUGUUAAACCCAGAGCUCCUGACCAGUUCCCUUUGGCCAUGGGGCCCUGGGAGCCACAGUCUGGGCCUCCUUCUCAUGCCAGGCUAGGACCAGAGGCCUUGGGCAGCAUCUGGUCCUAAACCUAGGUUGGUGCCAUAAGUCAAUUGUCCAGGAUACUUGAAGCCACAAGAUAUAUGUGGUGUGUCUUCCAGGGGCAUCCAUUUUUUUUUUUUUUAAAGAGUUGGGGUAGGAAAGGUUUAAUAGUAAAAUAAAUAUAUUUUAACAUAAGAUGUGAAGUUUGUGUGGAUACUUUGAUAUU